UGUUGUCAUGGUGGCUGUGAGCUGCACAAAAAAAAAAAAAACCCUUCGCGUGUAGUAAAUAGUUCUGUCCUAAAAUAAACCAUGUCAGCGUUCUUAAUGCACGACAACAUGCCGUUUUAUCCAACCACACACUGAACAGUCUGGCAAAGGUCCGAGUCCACAGAAAACAGGCAGGGUGGCUCAACCCGGCCCCCUUUCUCCAUCUGCAAGGGGAGCUCUUCCUCACACACAACUUUCCAGCAACAUGAGGCUACAGAGUUGGAUUUAACACCGAUGCAGAUACAUGUAGCGUCCUGCGGACACAGAAUGAACGCGGCUCCUGAUCCAUUACCAAAAACCCCACUGGCACCACCUCUGCCUUCUCUAUCAUUGGCACGAACCGGCCCCACCCAUCAGGAGACCCAGAGGCGAAGCAGCAGCAGCAGCGGAAGUGUUGGCGCUGCCAGGCCUCGGCCGUUGCACUCCACCGCCAGGCCAGGCCUCAGCAAAGGCAGCAUGGAGGUGGGCAUGCGUGUGGUGCGUGGCUUGGACUGGAAGUGGGGAAACCAGGAUGACGGCGAGGGUCACGUGGGGACUGUGGUGGAGAUUGGCCGGCAAGGCAGCACCACCACUCCAGAUAAAACUGUAGUGGUGCAGUGGGACAGUGGCACUCGAACAAACUACCGCACCGGGUACCAGGGGGCAUAUGACCUGCUGCUGUAUGAUAAUGCGCAAGUUGGGGUGCGUCAUUCCAACAUCAUCUGUGACAGCUGCAAGAAGCAUGGCAUCAUGGGAAUGAGAUGGAAGUGCAAGGUGUGCUUUGACUAUGACCUUUGCACUCAGUGUUAUAUGAACAACAAGCACGACUUGAGCCAUGCUUUUGAGCGUUAUGAGACUGCACACUCCCAGCCAGUGUCUUUGUCACCAAGGCAGAACCUCCCACGAAUUAUCCUUAAAGGAAUCUUUCAAGGUGUUAAAGUGGUUCGUGGACCAGACUGGGACUGGGGCAAUCAAGAUGGCGGGGAGGGUAAGGUUGGGAAAGUAGUGGACAUUCGUGGCUGGGACACAGAGUCAGGUCGCAGCGUGGCUAGUGUCACCUGGGCUAACGGCACUACCAAUGUCUACCGAAUGGGUCACAAGGGCAAGGUAGACCUCAAAUACGUCACUGAUGGCCAAGGAGGCUUCUUUUACAAAGACCACCUUCCAAAACUUGGAGAGCACGCGGAGCUGCAGCGCCAGGAGAGUGCAGAUGGCCACUCCUUUCAGCAGGGAGACAAGGUUAAGUGUCUCUUGGAGGUGGACAUCCUGAGACAGAUGCAGGACGGCCACGGAGGGUGGAAUCCCAAAAUGGCAGAGUACAUUUGCAGGAUCGGGACUGUUCAUAGAAUUACUGACCGAGGCGAUGUCAGAGUGCAAUACAGUAACAACAUCCGCUGGACUUUCCAUCCUGGGGCUCUUACCAAGGUGAACACUUUUGGAGUGGGUGAACUAGUAAGAGUAUUGGAGGACAUGGAGAGUGUUAAGAGACUGCAGGCUGGCCAUGGAGAGUGGACGGACAGCAUGGCUCCAGUUCUUGGCCAAGCUGGGAAGGUGUUGAAAGUCUAUGCUGAUGGUGACCUUCGUGUGGCGUUUGGGACCCAGACAUGGACGUUCAACCCUGCGUGCCUGUCGGCACAACCUGUGGAGGUGGAUGCAAACCUCAUGACAACUGAGAACCCCAACGAAUCUGGAAGUACUGUCAUCUCAGUGUUAGAGAAGCUGUUGUCUCAGUCUACAGAGCACGACAACCCCAGCCGGCUGGUGAUUGAGGCGGCACAUGGCACUGCCAGCAAAGUACGGGAGUUGGUGCAGAAGUAUCCUGACAAGGUGGACAUCAAGAACCAGGGAAAGACUGCACUGCAGGUUGCUGCUCACCAAGGCCACAUGGAGGUAGUGAAGGCACUGCUGCAGGCCAACAGCUCUAUUGAGGUUAAGGAUGAAGAUGGAGACACAGCAUUGCACUACGCUGCUUUCGGUAACCAGGGGGAGAUUGUCCGCUUGCUGUUGAGCAAAGGAGCUAAUGUCAAUCUUCUGAACAACUCUAUGUGCACGGCGCUCCACAUCGCUGUCAACAAGGGCUUCAGUGACGUAGUGGGGGUGCUCUGUGAGCACUCAGCUGACGUCAAUCUGCAGGAUUCUUAUGGGGACACGCCACUUCAUGAUGCCAUUGCUAAAGAUUUCCGCAGUAUUAUUGAGAUCCUGGUCAUGGUACCGAACAUUGACUUCACCCAGCAGAACAAUCGAGGAUUCAACCUGCUGCAUCAUGCUGCCCUCAAAGGGAACAAACUGGCCAUGGAGAAGAUGCUGGGACGUGCACGGCAGCUUGUGGAUGUUAAGAAGGAGGAUGGCUUCUCUGCGCUGCAUCUGGCUGCCCUCAACAACCACCAUGAUGUUGCUGAGAUCCUCAUCAAGGAGGGCCGCUGUGACAUCAACAUCCGCAACAACCGCAAUCAGACACCGCUGCAGCUGGCAGUGACACAGGGCCACACUGAGCUGGUACAGCUGCUGGUUGCAGAAGGUGCAGACAUAAACAUGGAGGAUGAGGAUGGAGACACCGCCAUGCACGUGGCCCUUAGCCGCUCACAGCUGGCCAGCGUUAUGCUCAGUCCAGGUGUAGGCACAAGCAGCAUGGAGGAAAGUGGCGAAGGUUGCUCCUCUACAUCACUGUACUGCAGGUUGAGUGGCUCAGGUCUCCUGGGGAAUACUGAGUUGAGUGUUGGUGCAGCCAUUGCUUGUUUUCUGGCACAGGAAGGUGCUGACAUCAAUUACGCCAACCACAAGGGCAAAAGCCCGCUGGACCUGGUGGCUGAUGGCACCAUGCUGCAGCUCAUCAAGAGCUUCUCUGAGAAGCACAGGUUGCAGCGUCUGCACGCAGUCACAUGUGGGCAGGGCCUCAGUAGUGCCAGUAUGCGACGCAUCCAUACUACACCCAACACCAUGACUAACCUGGUGCUUCCCACACCACCAGGAGGUCCCAGUGAAUGCCUCAUCUGCUCUGAAUUGGCUCUGCUUGUUCUCUUCUGCCCCUGUCAGCACAGUGUGGCCUGUGAAGAGUGUGCACAUCGAAUGAAGAAAUGUAUCAAAUGCCAAGUCACAAUCACCAAGAAAAUCAGACAAGACCAAACGGAGGUGGACUGCAGCCCCGGCACUGAGAACUCUGAGCAGCACAACCUGCUGGAGCAGCUGCAGUCGCGCUACCGCCAGAUGGAGGAGCGGAUCACCUGCCCCAUCUGCAUCGACAACUACAUCAAGUUAGUGUUCCAGUGCGGACACGCCUCCUGCAUCAACUGCAGCGCUGCACUCAAGAUGUGCCCCAUCUGCCGGCAGACCAUCCGCGAGCGGAUCCAGCUGUAUGUCUGAGCCCCAAUCCCCCCCCUCGUCAUCUCCCAGACAGGAUGGGAGGGGGCGGCUCAGCGAUUGGAGGAGGGAACGGCAGCUGUUACCUGUGACAGAAGCGCUUGCCACGGUCAUAAGUCUGCUUGUUCCCCAUGUCCGCUGCUUCACGAUGAGACGCUGUGUUACAUCACAGUCCACUUCCUGUGGCUGUUUUACAUUUCGACCCGUUUCUGUCUCGAGCCGCUCAACAGCGUUACGUCCAUCACUUUAUUUUGACAACUUGUUUCCCUGUGUGAGCAGAGCAGGAGGCAGGAAAGGCCCCGCUGUGCUGUGAUCGAGCCACUUUUCUGGGAGGAAAUGCCUAAAUAGCAUAAACGUACUAAACAUCCCCUCCCCAGCUCCCCACCCUUCCCACUUCCCGUAGUCUGUCUUAUCUUUGCUGCUUUAAGUGGAUGUCUGUUACCCAUCAUCCUCUCUGCCUGUCUGGCCUCUCCUGUUUACACGGCUGCACACAGUCUUCUUUGCCCCCCCCCGGUCCCCAUGUCCUGUCAGUUCCAUUUGCUGUCAUUCAUUCCCUGUUGCUCUGUAUAAUCAGUGUUUGUGUAUGCCUGUAUGCAAGGGGACGUCGGCGCUAUAUAUGCAUGCCUGUAUGCAUACGGUAAAGCUGGUGACUGUCGCUACGGGCGAUUUUAUUUCCUUCUGGUUGCAUAUGUGAUUUGUAAUGUAGCGAGAAUAUUGUUAUUUAUGUGUGAAAGGUGGUAUUAUUUAGUCAUGUUUUCAUUUGGUGUUUGCUUGGCAAAAAUGUUUCUACUGAUAAUCACCCCAAGCCUCAUGUCCUCGACUCAGGGUGUCAAACCAUUGAAAGCACUUGUGAUCAUAACAGUUAUAGAAAA